AUGGCGGCCUCGGAGCGGCCCGCCCACGGCACCGGGACACGCCCCGGGAGCGGGAACAGGAGCGGGAGCGAGAACGGGACACGCCGCGGAUUCCGGCAGCGCCGGGCGCUCGGCCAAGGCGGCCAGCGGCCGUUCCGCGCUCGCUUUUGUUCGGGAUCCCGAGGAAAACAAGCGCGGCUAUUUCGGGAUUUACGGCUCCGGAGAAAGUCCGCGCCCAUCCGCAGCCUCCGCCGGCCGGGGCUCGACAUCCCCUGGGACCCCCAGGAUGGGCCAGAGCUGCCCCCUCUCCUGGGGGACAGCAGAGCCCCCUCGGGGGCCAGGACAGCGCUCACCUGCACCCACAAAGGUGACAAAAACCUGCUGCAGCCAGGGGUGACACCGAUCCCUGCACCCACGGGUGACAAACCUGCUGCACCCAGAGGUGACAGGCAGCUCUGGGGUGACACCCCCGUGCCCCCGCCGCCUCCCGGCUUCCGUGCGGCUGUGGCCAGGAGCGAGCCCGGCUGCCUCGGGCCUCGCGGGCACCGCGGCUCGGCCACCUUUGCCCCGCGGUCCGGGCGGGGCUGCGGGGACGGGGGCUCGUCCCUCCCCCCGAGCCUUUGCUUUUACCCGGAGCAUCCCCGACGGGGAGAGCUGGGGGAAAAUGAGGUCCAGAGGGGGUCGGAGUCAGGAUCUGUGCGCGAGAAAUGGGGAUUUGGGUUCUGGAUUCAGGAUCUGGUCACUGGGGAGCUGCCCCCUCACCUGGUGAAGAUCUGGGGCCACUUUGGGGGUGUCAGGACUCCCUCCCAUGGCUCAGUGGGCUGUCCCCCCGCAGUGAGGCAGGAGUGGCAUUUCCAGGACAAGGAGAGUCAGUUUUAUCGCUUUGCCGAGCUGGAGCUGAGCCCCGAGCCGGGCGCGGGGCCGAGGGAGCCCGAGGAGCUGCUGGAGGCUCUGGGGUUCCUGGGGCAGCUGGGCCCCGACGCGCUGCUCUCCAUGGCCCUGCGCAAGCCGCCUGCCCAGCGCACGCAGGAUGAGCUGGAGCUGAUUUUUGAGGAGCUGCUGCACAUCAAAGCCGUGGCUCAUCUUUCCAACUCGGUGAAACGGGAGCUGGCGGCCGUGCUCAUGUUCGAGGGGCACCAGCGCGCGGGCACCGUCCUGUUCAGCCAAGGUGACAAAGGCACCUCCUGGUACAUCAUCUGGAAGGGCUCGGUCAACGUGGUCACCCACGGCAAGGGCUUGGUGGCCACCCUGCACGAGGGUGACGAUUUUGGACAGCUGGCCCUGGUCAAUGACGCCCCGCGGGCGGCCACCAUCCUCCUGCGGGAGGACAAUUGUCACUUCCUGCGCGUGGACAAGCACGACUUCAACCGCAUCCUCAAGGACGUGGAGGCCAACACGGUGCGGCUGAAGGAGCACGGCAAGGUGGUGCUGGUGCUGCAGAAGGACCUGCAGGGCGGCGGCGGCCAGGCGGCCUCGGCGCGGAGCAGCAGGUACCUGGUGAUGGCCGGGACCCCCGAGAAGAUCCUGGAGCACCUGCUGGAGUUCAUGAGGCUCGAUGCCACCGUCUACGACCCCGUGGACACGCUGCUGGGCGACUUCCUGCUCACCUACACCGUGUUCAUGCCGACCUCGCAGCUCUGCCGGGCCCUGCUGCACCAUUUCCGCGCGGAGCCGCUGGAGGGCUCGGAGCAGGACAAGGCCGCCUAUUCCCUGCGCAAGCGGCGGAAAAUCCUGCGGCUCGUCAGCCAGUGGGUGCUGCUCUACGGGCGGCUGCUGCAGGGCGACCGCAGCACCACGGCCCUGCUGCAGAACCUGGCGGACCUGGCGAGCCGGGCCCCCCAGGGACCCCCAACUGGGUGGGCUGGGCCAGGAGCAGGGCCAGGAGCGGCGGCGACCCCGAGCUGUCCCCCCAGUGUCCUUCAGGGUCCCCCAGUGUUCCCCGAUGCCACCGCGGGUGUCCGGGGGCGACCAGAAUGCCGGGGGUGGCGGGUCCCGGGGGUGACCCGAAUCCCUGGGAUGACCCAAACCCCGGGAGUGACCGGGGGUGACCCGAACUCCGGGGGUGACCCCCGAAUCCCAGGGAUGACCCGAACCCCGGGGGGGUCAGGGGUCUUCUCCCGUGCCCAGACCCCCCACCCGGAGCAGCUGGGCCCCCACGCGGGCUCCUCGGACACGCUGGACCUGAUCAGCUCCAAGGAACUGGCCAGUCACCUGACGGACUACGACUGGAGCCUCUUCAAGAGCAUCCACCAGGUGGAAAUGAUUCACUACAUCGUGGGCCCGCAGAAGUUCCACGAGGUGGCCACGGCCAACCUGGCGCGGGUGAUGCGGCGCUUCAACGAGCUGCAGUUCUGGGUGGCCACCGAGCUGUGCCUGUGCCCCGAGCUCGGGCGGCGAGCGCAGCUCCUGCGCAAGUUCAUCAAACUGGCGGCGCACCUCAAGGAGCAGAAGAACCUGAAUUCCUUCUUCGCGGUGAUGUUCGGUGUGAGCAACACGGCCGUGACCCGGCUGGCCAAGACCUGGGAGAGGUUGCCCCACAAGAUCCGGAAGCUGCACUCGGCCCUGGAGCGGAUGCUGGACCCGUCGUGGAACCAUCGUGUUUACCGCCUGGCCGUGGCCAAGCUGAGCCCCCCCAUCAUCCCCUUCGUGCCACUCCUGCUCAAAGGUUUGUGCCCGGCUUUGGGGACCCUCUGGGUGUGUCCGACACUCUCGGGGGGCCCUUCUGAUCCCCGGGAGGCCGUCAGGAUCUCCACCUGCUCGGAGCAGUCCCUGAGCAUGAGGAGCCCCGUGUGCACCUGGGCCUACCUGCAGCACCUGAGGGCCAUCGACAGCCAGAAGGAGCUGCUGAGGCUGUCCCGGAACCUGGAGCCCUGAGGGGCCUGGGGCUGGAGA